UAUAAACUUGAUCUAAAAUCAGUUUCUAACCUAGCUCAAUCUAACUAGUUUCUUCGUUUCGUUGAUUAGACAGCGCACGUUUAUAAGCGGUUUGCAGCCAAUUAAGCUACUCUAUCGCCGGCAUAGAUUCUCAUGCGGAUUAUAGAGAAGCUUCACCUGGGGAGUACACGUGUUCUUCGGUCAGAUCGAACAGAGGGAACAGAAUAACCAAGGAGGCAGGGAGACCGAACGAAAGGACAGGAUGGUUCGGUCAGAGCUAUUUCAUGUUGCUGCACUGAUGAUAAUUGUUCUUCCAGCCGCUUUCGGAGAAGUAUUUGAAGACUAUACCAAGCACAGAUGCGUCCGUCCAUGCCUAGAAGAUACCACGGCAAAGCUCUGCGAGUAUAACUUUACCUUAGAGUGGUAUCACACGAUGUCCAAGGCGUGCUUCGAUUGUCCCUCAAACCAGACCGACUGCUCGCGGCCGCACUGCGUCGCCGCUGACGGCGUCAAGAGGGGCAUCAUUACCGUAAAUCGACAGAUGCCCGGACCGACAAUUCAGGUUUGCAACGGCGACAUGAUCAGGGUGACAGUAAUGAACCGCUUGGAGCACGCAGAGGGGAGUUCCAUCCACUGGCACGGUAUACUACAGACUAACGGGGACCAGUACAUGGACGGUGUUUCAUUGCUUACGCAAUGUACCAUACCAGCUAGGAGUACAUUUCAAUACAAUUUCAUGGCUAAUUCUCCCGGAACCCACUUCUACCACUCCCAUUCGGGCAUGCAGCGCGGUGACGGCAUGUACGGCUCUCUCAUCAUCCGCAACAAGCCCUCGAGGGACCCCAACUACAACACCUACGAUUAUGACCUACCUGAACAUGUCAUCAUCGUCCAUGACUGGCUCAAGGAGAUGAUAGUAGCGAGCUUUGCUCAUCAACAUCAUGCGGGCGGCGACAACAAGCCCAAGUCCAUGCUCAUCAAUGGCAAGGGUGCGUAUGAGAAGUACACGGUAGGAGGAAAAGAUGUUUACACUCCUAUGGAAACGUUCAGCGUCAAGAAGGGAAAGAAAUACAGAUUCCGCGUCAUCAGUAAUGGCCUCUUGAACUGCCCUAUACGGAUCAGUGUUGAGGGUCAUAGGCUUCUAAUGAUUGCGUCAGACGGGCAGCCCUUCAAGCCAGUGCCAGUGGAUGCUGUCAACUUGGUCAACGGAGAAAGGUUUGAUUUCGUACUCGAGGCAAACCAGACUGUCGAUAACUACUGGGUGCGGGCGGCCGGUCUGUUGGACUGCAAGAACUUCAAAGCGAAGCAGACGGCCGUCUUGCGCUACGAGGGCGCGCCGGACGUUGCACCAACCACUGCGUCGACGUGGGAGUCGAUGGUGGAAGACAAUAAAAAGAUUGUUGUGAUGAACCCCAUGUCGUACGAACCGUCCCCGAAAAACGUCUACGUGAACCAACUGGAAGGACUGGAGCAUGACAAGAUGUUAGAAGGCGAGCCAGAUGUCAAGUUCUACCUUGCCCACGACUUCCGAAAGAUUGACAACCCUCAUCUCCACAACCCUGACCUCUAUUCCUUGGCCGCUACCGCUAGCUAUCCGGGGAUGCACCUGUACAGUCCGCAGAUCAACAACAUCACUAUGGCUCUGCCACCGUCACCGCCCUUGACACAGGAGGAGGAUAUUCCGAAAGACCUUAUGUGCCCACCAUACAAUGGCACUGGUAGCUACUGCAAUAAGGAGUUCUGCGAAUGCACCCACAUGAUAGAGGUCAAGCUCGGGCAGCUUGUCGAACUUGUUCUCAUCGAUAACGGGAUGAUUUGGGACGUGACACAUCCAAUGCAUCUCCAUGGUUACGCCUUUGGUGUUGUUGCCAUGUCAAGGGUCAAUAAAAAUACAACACGUGACCAAGUAAUUCAAUUAGACAAGGAUGGGAAGAUUGAGCGCAAGCUGACGAACAUUCCAAAGAAGGAUUCCAUCAUGGUCCCGGAUGGAGGCUAUACAGUGGUCAGAAUAAAGGCUAAUAACCCUGGUUACUGGUUCUACCACUGUCACAACGAAUUCCAUCAAGAGAUCGGCAUGGGCAUGAUCCUCAAGGUCGGGGACCCAAAGCAGGACAUCGAGCAAAGGCCGCCGAGGAACUGGCCAACUUGUGGCAACUUCCUCUACUCUCGAGUGCCCGAGAAACCAUCGGAACGAGACGUGCGGAGCUGCGAACAGUUACUCGCUGAAGCCGCAGGAGGGAGCCACGUGCAGGCCGCCAUGACACUGACCAUGACCGUCGCUAUUUUAAACUGUGUGUCCCAAUUUGUAUGAAACUCUUUUUAGAUUUUAGACUUUUAGUGUUAACUUCUCAAUUAAUUUAUUUUUUUACAUUUUUUAGUGCACACAAGUGUAGAUAGGUAAAGAAAGAUAACUUAUGGGACUGUUUUUUCUCUAUUUUCGAAGCCGGGUCGGGAUGAGCGCGACCUGCAACAAUUUCUUGGCAUCUCAGACUUGAUAUAUUUUUACUUUGUACAACCUCCUUCAACUAAAAAUCAAUCGAAAAUCAUUAUUAUUUUUAUCUGCUCUCAUGUAUCUACAUCUACAUCUAUCUUGUACUGGUUUGGGCUAAAGCAUUGUAACCAGGGUCCUGGUGUGUGGCGGGUUCGGUUCCUCAUCGAACUUAAACUUGUAAACUAUACAUUUGUGUACUCAUUUUAGAAACGUAGAUCUCAAGCACGAAGAAUACUUUAUAACAGGCUCAGAUUUUUAUUCAAAAUGUUAGAAAAUCAUCUUUGUAUGAUCGAG